AUGACACUUCAUCACAACACUUGCCAACGUCUACUCGACUUUAGCGGCAACCUCUACGCGAUGAAGAAACACGACAUCAAAGCAUCCGUUCAACACCUACUUGCAUUUGUCGCUUCCGACAAGAAAGCUCUGUCCUUGUUAAAAAAAGCUACCAACGACGAUAGCCGCCUUUCUUUCGUCGCAUACAUCCUGCCCACUGUCCAAAAGUCGUCUUCAUACCCCAAACAGGAGCUGAUAAAGCAGGAUUGGUUGCGAGAGAUCAGUAGGGAAUGCAACAUCAGAAAACCCACUGUUCCUUCAUGCGUCUUCGAAGCCUGCAAAAUGCAGAAGAAGAAAACGAAUGGUCACAAAUUGACGAAGAGGCAUUUGAGUCAAAGUCUCGGGUUCACAGCCCAUGCCCGCAAGAUCAAUGCCGCGAGAUUCGCCAGUGUCGUCGAAACGUGUGUCAGAAGGUACAGUGCUACCGACGCUUAUCCACCUCUGAAGCACUGGGUGUACGAGACAGAGGCGAUUCAAAAGCGAUGGGAGGAACAUCUCUCGUCAGGUGACCGACACGACCCCCGCAACCCUUACCUUCCACUGAUGAAAGUCGAUCUGGCUCUCCUCGACCACGAUAUACCCAUCGACGAUAGCCGCCUUUUUCGGGAUUCAGAUGGAGAGGAAGUUUGCUAUGUCUUCCGCGAAUUUUGCCCAAGCAAACCAGUACUCGCGUCGGUGAACGACAUCGUCGAAGAAUCUAUUGAUAUCCGUCGAAAUUGCCGAGCAAGCUUUCCUGACGAACGAUAUCAGAUGGACGAUCCUGGUGAUCUCGUCCAAAUUGGUUUCUCUGCGGGUUCUCGCAACGCUCCCAAGAUCCACUGGGUCAGAAACAUAACACGCUGCAAUCUCCCAGAUCAGGUCGUCGCCGACUUGAACUAUCGUUCCAGCUCUGCUUUCGCAUUGUUCUGGAACUUAUGCAAGGACGUUCUUCCCAAACCAAUCAUCAAUGACUUCAAUGCUUUCUUCGAAAAAGACGGCAUCCUCCGAAUGAACCCUGCGGAGGGAGCAGCAAAGGAUUUCGCCAAGGACGAACACCAUGCUGUCACAGGCGACUAUACCAUUCAAAUUGGUGAUGAAAGCUUUCUUUUCAAGAACGUUGAGCUCGCCCCUCCCUGUGGAGUGUUUGGUCGAAACUAUGCAAGAGCCAUGCACUUCGAAAACCAGCCUCACAAAUACGCAAUAGCCUGGACGGUCAGAAGAGACCAUCCUCCCGAUGCAGGAGGCCAUUUCUACAUUGGCACUUACAAGAUUCGCAUCCAGGCUGCAGCCAACACUCUCGUCAUUUGGAAACCAACCGACAUCCAUGGAAUGAGCUUGCAAGAUCUAGAUCCAAACGAUGAAAAUCCCGCCUUCAUUCAAACGGGCCUCGCCAUUGUAACUCCCAAGCGGCUUCGCAAACUAUGGAGAGCUUACAAAACGAAGGCUAUUACGUACGACGACAUCAUACUUCCCUUGACUGCUAACAGCAACCACGAGGAUUGA